AUGUCCCUUACCCCGGAGAACCAAGACCUCGCCGAAGAAAUAGAGGCAAUCAACGCAAUCUACGAACCAGACACAGUGACCGUGACCGCGACCCCCGCCCACGCACCCAACACCCUCGACCUAGGAAGCUCCCACUCCAAUGGCACACACACGACAGUGAUCACACUACAAGUGCCAGAGCAAGACCACCUAUCAUUCAUAAUCGGCUUCGAAGCCUCCUACCCCAGCACCAAACCAACCGUCCUAGGAACAGCCUCGACGGCAGCACGCGGUGAAGGCAAAAUCGCCAUCGAUGUACUAGAAGACAUCAUCCAGCGCACGUGGCAAGCCGGCGCAGUAUGUCUAUUCGACGUAAUCAGUGAAGCGGUGGAAGUCUUUCCCUCGCUAAGCAUCGGCACACAAGGCGAAUCACCCUCCCCAGAGCCCCUCUUACCAGAGACCGCGUCGAACGCACCGCUCCACGCCGACCUAGCCACGCCUCCGGACUGGAUCCUGUCGGACGUGAUAACAGAGAAGAAAUCCGUGUUCGUGGGGCGCGCGGCGCGUGUACACGAUCUAGCGCAGGCGCAGGCUUUCCUGGACCAUCUCACGGCUACAGAUCGGAAGGUCGCUGGGGCGACGCAUAAUAUCAGUGCAUGGCGGAUUCGGCAGAAGAAGGCGGGUUCGGAUGGCGAGACUGUUGUGCAGGACUAUGAUGAUGAUGGGGAGACGGCUGCUGGAGGGCGGCUAUUGCAUGUUAUGCAGUUGAUGGAUGUGUGGGAUGUGGUAGUUGUUGUUACGAGGUGGUUUGGGGGUGUGCAUCUUGGGCCUGCGCGGUUCCGUCUCAUCAAUGAUGCUGGGCGGGAUGCCUUAGUUAAGGGUGGGUUUACGAAGAAGGAGGAGGGGGUGGGCUCGGAGAAGAAGAAGAAGGGGAAGAAAUGA